UCUUCCUGCAAUGGGUGAUUCAUUUGUCAUAGCAAUUGACUUUGGCACUGCAUUUAGUGGGUAUGCCAUUAAUAUCACAAAAGGACAGGAAAAAAGUGAGCCAUACUUGCCAAGGUGGGGAAAGGAGUAUGGAUUUGACACCCCAAAGACUCCAACCUGCAUUUUGUUUAAUGAAGAUGAAAAAUGUCUGAGUUUUGGCUAUGAAGCCAAAAUGGCAUACCAGGAAAUGAGUGGAGAAGAAGCAAAGAAGCAUUAUUUCUUUGAAGACUUCAAGAUGGAACUGUAUAGCAAAAAACUCAGCAGUAAUCUGAAGAUUAAAGCCGCCAAUGGAAAAUCAAUGAAAGCAUUGAAGGUUUUCUCAGAAUCCCUGAGAUUUCUUAAAGAAGAUGCACUCAGAACAAUCAGCCGAAACACACAAGGGAAAAACUUCUUGGCCUCUGACUUCACCUGGGUUCUGACGGUUCCUGCCAUCUGGGAUCUUUCAGCUAAACAGUUCAUGAGAGAAGCUGCAACUCAGGCAGGUAUUGUAACAGAAGGAGAUGAGGAAAAGCUGGUGAUGGCACUGGAACCAGAAGCUGCUUCAAUCUGGUGUAAGAAGCUUCCAUCAGAUGGUUUCAUCUCUGAGAAGCACAAUGAAGAGUCACUGGAUCAGUCUGCAGGGACUCAGUACAUCGUUGUUGACUGUGGAGGAGGAACUAUUGACAUCACUGUUCAUGAAGUCCUGGAUGGAGGAGCCCUGAAGGAGCGGCACAAGGUCUCUGGAAAUGAUCUGGGAGGACAAACUGUAGACAGAAAAUUUAAGCAGUUUCUCAGAGAGAUAUUCCCUGAAGGAGUCUGGGAUCAAUUUGAACAAAACUCUCCCAGUGCCGCUCAGAAAAUUAUGUACGAGUUUACCUACCUCAAACAGGUUGAUAAAGAUGUUCAGAUUAGCUGCCCAUUCACACUGGGAUCAUUAAUUAAAGAAAAAUCAGACACAGAAAACUUUGUUCAGUCAGAACUUGGUGCUUCCUGGGAUGGUGAUUUCAUCAAAAUCUCAAGAGACAAAAUGAGGUCUUUCUAUGAUGAAAGUCUGAAGGGCAUCACUGAGAAUCUCAAGGAAAUCUUUAACUGUGGUCUCAACAUCAAGUACAUUCUGUUAGUGGGUGGGUACGCUCAGAGUCAAAUUCUGCAGCAGCACAUUACUGACCAGUUUGGACAACAGUGUAAAGUUCUGUGUCCUUUCAGAGCUCAGGAGGCGAUUAUGAGAGGAGCUGUAGAGUUUGGUAGAAACCCAGAUGUUGUGGCUUCUCGGAAAAGUUCCUAUACUUAUGGAUUUGCUGUUUGUGAAAAGUUUGAUGAGAACAAACAUAAGGAAGGAAAGAAAUUUACAGCCAAAGGUGUGGACUUGAGUCGAGAUAUUUUCAGGAAACUGGUGGAAGAAGAUGAAGAUCUUGGUUCACAGGGUACCAGAGAGUUGUUAUGUUCUUCAGCAAGAGCAGACCAGGUAGAGAUGAAUCUGAGAUUCUUCCGCUCAUUAAGAAAAGAUCCAGUGUAUGUAGAUGACUGGGGAGUGGAAAAGGUUGGUUCAUUCACUGUAGACAUGACUGGAGGCGGUAAAGUCAAACUGGAAAUUGACUUUGGCUCCACAGAGAUAACAGCUGUAGGGACAAACCAGAUUAGUGGGGAAACACAAACAGUAAAAAUUGACUUCAUGACCACAGACAGAGAAUGUGUCAUUGAUGGUGACCCAGAAGAUGCUGCCAGUGUUGGAUCAGAGCAAUCAGGUCCUUCAGAUUAUUCUGAUUAAAACAUGCAAAAGCAUAAUAGAUGCUCUGACACUUUCUUUGUCCACACAAUAAUUCAGUUUGUGACAGAGGCAUCUUCAAGAUAUGGAUGUUGAAUUUCGGGUUUUCAGAAAUUGUUAAGAAGAAAUAUUAACUUGUGCAUGAAUGGACUCUUAAAAGGUAAAAAAUUAUAUCAUUAUUAAGAGAGUACUAUGAUGACCGUCGCAUUUUUAAUCACUUACUGGUUAAAUUAAACAUAUAAUUAAUGUGUAAUCUUGUAAAAAACAUAGUUUUUUUCACCAAUACUAUGAGACCACCUAGCAUAGUGGGCUAAAGCUUCACAUAAAAAUUUGCAUGAUCUACAAUUAUGGUUUAUGAAUUCCAUAAAUGAAUAACGGAGAUUAGCUGUGAGUCUUUAAAAAUGUCUCUUUUUAAAAUAUGUUGUAGCUGAUGUACUCAUAUAACCUCUGCUAUAAAUUAGUCAAAAUUAGAAAUUAUGGGAUAGAUGUAGUUUUUUUGGGUGUUUUCUACAUUACUUCCUGCUGGUGGGGAUUUCUCUGAGUGUAUUUCAACUGUAUUGUGUCAAUAAAAUAAUUUAAAAUGUUAAAAUUAACUACUGAGAACAAAUAAAAAAAUUAAAAGGUGAUUUUUGCUUAGUUUAUACUUUUACUGUAAUAAUCACAUAAAUGUCACAUAAAUAUUAUUUAGAAAAGGUUGUC